CAGGACUCUUCUCUUUGAUGUAAUCGAGUCCCCGCUGGUUGCUUCCUUCACAAGGCCCCUCCUUUUAUGAUUCCUCGUAAAUUGCAAGAAAAAAAAGAAGAAAAGAAAGAAUAAAUAGCUUCUCCAUUGUUCUUUGUUCAUCCCAAACCCAGAAAACCAAGUAAUCGCAGACCCCAUUGAUACUAUAAACGAUAUACUAUAUGCCCAAUCGCGAAUUUUGUUUCUGACUGCAGCAGGGUUUCAUUGAUUGGCUGCGUUUGGGUUUUCGAGAACUGGGUUUGGCGGCGGCGACUGUAAAGUUGCUAUUUUUCCGGGGGACUAUUUCAGAAGGCUGCUAGUAAUCCGAGCUUUGAAGGCGGGUCGGGUCGUUUGAGGAUCGGUGGGUUGUUAAAGACCGCUUUGGGGGGUUUGGUGGGUUUCUAUCCGCAGAUUUAGAAGUGUGGGUUCUUUUUCUGUGUGCGCACUAGAUCUUUCAUGGAUUUGCUGAGUUUUGGGUUGUUUUAGAUUAUUUGAGUGGUGGGUGUGUUCUGAUUCAUCUUGCACAGUGGCUUAGAACCCAGAAAUCGUCCAUUUUAGGUUUAAGAAGAGUUGACACUUUUGUGGUGGUGAAAUUGAUCUUCUCUUUAAAGAGUCUUGCCGGUUGGUUUCGCAUAUUCAGGGGAAGAAGAUGAUGAGCUCAAAUGUUUCUUCUGGUGCAGUUCUGAACGGAAAGCUUUUAGUUCACAUUGCGGAGAAUGGGCAAUCAUAUGAACUUAACUGCAAUGAGUAUUCCCUUGUUGAAAAUGUGCAGCAAACCCUAGAAUCAGUUUCAGGAAUCCCACCAAAUGAUCAGCUCCUCUUGUGUGGGGAUGUGAAACUAGAACCGCGAAGCCCACUCUCAGCCUACAAGCUCCCAUCGGAUGACCAGGAGGUGUUCUUGUUCAACAAAUCAAGAAUGCGGACGAAUGCGCCCCCACCCGCACCAGAGCAAGUGGAUUUAUCCGAUAUACCCGACCCGCCUAUGCCGACCCAAAACCAUGACCCGCACCCAUUGGACGAUGCUUCGGACCCCGCCUUAAAGGCUUUGCCUUCUUACGAGAGGCAGUUCCGGUACCACUUCCAUUGCGGAAAUGCCAUUUACUUACUUUCACAAGUGAAGUUUGAUGCCUGUGAGAGGCUCUUGAAAGCCCAAAAGGUUCAAGAGAGAGCCACAGGGAUUGCUAGGGGCAAUCUUGACCAUUUCUACGGGAUGAUUCUGCAGAACUAUGGAGAUUUUUUGAAAUGUUACUCGCAGCAGCAUCGGGCCCACUCUGAUCUGAUAGCGAAUUUUGGGAGGGAUGUAGAGAGGUUAAGGUCUUGCAAACUCCACCCGUCCUUAGAAGCCUCCAACAAAAAGUGUUUGCUGGACUUCGUGAAGGAGGAGAAUUUGCAGAAACUGGUUGAGGAUUGUAAUGGUUCCCACCAGCAGUUUGAGAAUAAGGUUUUGGAAUUCAAGCAAGAGUUCCGGGAGUUAGAACACCAUGCUGAGCAGUUACUAUCAAGCAAGGCUUCUGUUAUCACUAGGGAUCUUGAACAGGCGAUUAGAGAGCAUCAGAAGUAUGUUAAUGAGCAAAAGAGCAUAAUGCAGGCUUUGAGUAAAGACGUGAACAUGGUAAAAAAGCUUGUUGAUGAUUGCCUUACUGGCCAGCUAUCAUCCUCACUCCGUCCCCAUGAUGCAGUUUCUGCCUUGGGCCCCAUGUAUGAAUCCCAUGAGAAAAGUUAUCUUCCCAAGAUGCAAUCUUGUGAUAGAUCAAUUACUGGCUUGCUUGAUUUCUGCAAGGACAAAAAGAAUGAAAUGAACACGUUCGUCCACAACUAUAUGCAAAAGAUAGCAUAUAUCCAGUUCAUGAUAAAGGAUGUCCGUUGCAAAUUUUCUGUUUUCCAGGAAGCUUUAAAGCGUCAAAGUGAUCUUUUUGAACACUUAAAAAUUGUCCGGGGAAUCGGGCCAGCAUAUAGAGCUUGCCUUGCAGAAGUGGUUAGAAGGAAGGCUUCAAUGAAGCUUUACAUGGGCAUGGCGGGACAGUUGGCCGAAAGGCUUGCCGCCAAGAGGGAAGCAGAGGUUUCUAGAAGGGAGGAGUUUUUGAGAGUUCACAGUCCAUACAUACCAAGGGAUGUUUUGGCUUGUAUGGGAUUGUUUGAUACUCCUAGCCAGUGUGACGUAAAUAUGACCCCUUUUGAUACCAAGUUGCUCGACAUUGAUAUCCCAGAGCUUGACCAUUAUGCCCCUGAGUAUUUGUUGGGACUCUCACACAGAGGCAAGGUUGAUGAUUGUGGUUUUGAACUUCCCGAGAAGAUUGAUUCGGUUGAGUUUCUCGAUAUUGUUGGAACAAGCAAGAUGGAGGUUGAAAAUGCAAAACUAAGAGCAGAACUUGCUUCUAAGAUAGCCUUGAUCUGUUCGAUUAGCCCUGAAGUUGGUUAUGAAUCUUUUGAUGAUGAGGGUAAAAUGGACCGCCUGCUACAGGACGUUCGAGAGAAAACAUCUGAAGCCAUACGUUUGAAAGAAGAGCACGAGAACCAUCUUAAAUCCAUGCUGAAGAUGAAGCAAAUGCAGUGUGAAUCAUAUGAAAAACGGAUUCAGGAGUUAGAGCAACGUUUGUCUGAGCAUUAUAUGCCUAGCCAUAAAGGUUCUGUGGGCGAGGGCGUAUCAAACCUUACCACUUCAUGUGCCUCUAGUUCAUUGGAAGAUAAAACAGGGAAUCUUUCUAAACAGGGAAAGACACAAGAAGUGUUAUAUGAUAACAUGACCGAUUCUUCUAGUACGGUUAACCCUCAAUUGGAUUCAUCUAUGGUAGAUCCUCACCGCUAUGAAGAGCACGACCAGUUUUGUGACAAGGAGGUAAACGAGACAUUAUCAAGCUCUAUGGUUCUGAGCGUGUCUCGGCCUGUGAGUGCUUCAUUACCUUCUGAACCAGCUGCUAGUCCUGCUUUUUGUUCAAGACUAAGUGAAGAUGUUGUUAUUGAGUUGCAAAAAGCACUUAGUGAAAAAACAAGCCAACUGAAUGAAGCAGAAAAUGAAAUCAAAAGGCUGAGGAAUGAGGUUGAAAAGUUAAAUGGGGAUUUGGAGAACAAAAGGAAGCUCCUUGAUGAAUCACAGAUGAAUUGUGCUCACUUGGAGAACUGUCUUCAUGAAGCAAGAGAGGAAGCUCAAACCCAUCUUUGUGCAGCCGAAAGGAGGGCCUCAGAGUACAGCACACUGCGUUCUUCUGCAGUUAAAAUGCGUGGCCUCUUUGAGAGGUUGAGAGCUUGCAUUUUAUCAGGUGGCACUGCUGGUUUUGCCGAGUCUCUACGUGCUUUGUCUCAGUCUUUAGCAAAUUCAAUCAAUGAAAAGGAGGAAGACAGUACUGCUGAGUUCAGAGAAUGUGUUCGGGUGCUCGCUGAGAAAGUUGGUGCUUUGUCAAAGAGUCGCUCGGAACUACAGGAAAGGUGUUCAAAUGCAGAAACUUCUAAUAAGCUUCUAAUGGCAGAAUGCGAAGAGAAGACAGAGUUGGUUAACACCCUCUAUAAGAAACACCAACUUGAGAAACAGGCAAAGGAAGAGAGGAUAUCGUUUUCUCGGGUAGAAGUGAAUGGAAUUGCAGCAUUCGUGCUGAAGCCAGACGGCGGAUACUACGAGGCGAUCAACCGGCACUGCCCGCGCUACUACCUCUCUGCCGAGUCCACGGCUUUACUCACCGCCCAUCUCCGGACCCGCCCGAGCUACAUUGUCGGGCAGGUCGUGCAUGUAGAACGGCACAUCGUCUCGGCUCAAGUGGGCCGCGAGCUGCUGAAUUCCGAUGGGUCGGCGGCCUCGAUCCCUUACGAUCUCCCGGUUGGCUGUGAGUACUUCACAGUAACCGCGACCAUGUUGCCGGAAACCGCCACCACUGGUACUCAUUCCCUACCCCCUUCCUCAUAGAGCUCUCUCUAUCCCUUAUUAGCUGUGUACAUGAUGACGACGAUAUGUGUGUAUGUGCGCACGCGCGAAAGAAUCCCCCCCUCCCCCCCAUGAUGAGGGGAUUCUUAGCCUCUGCAGAUUUGAUCUUCCCCUCCUAUGUGUGUACAGUUUCCCUGGUAAAACUUUGAUGGAAGCAUGCUGUAAAUACCCCUCUCCCCCCUCUUUUGUGAAAAGUAAAAAAAAAAACUCUGAAUUG